AUGCCAUCAAAUCCCAUCCCAGUAGUGACAAAAUUUAUACAGAACACUUCUUCUAGUUCCUACGACCUGCUGAUUACAAAUGUCGCUGAUAAUAAUGAAGGAGUUUGCUACUGUGGAACUAUUGAGAAGAAAACGGAAAAAAUUGAAAAGAUUACACCAGGAGAUGGUUGCAGGUGCAACAUCACAACAAGGCUCACCAUC